AUGGCUGGUGCCAUGAUCACUUAUAUAGUAGUAAAAAGGGUAGUGCUGUUAGUAAGCCGAACAAAAGCAACUGAUCAUGAAAAUAAUGUUUUGUUUAGGCGAACGCCUGGUCAAAGAGGGUUAUGGGAAUCAAAAGAUGAUCGUAAAUGGGGGCAUGACAAGUUCGAACAGUUGACUGUCGAAGAGAGGAAUUAUGAUGAGGAUAGGAGGAUAUCAAGGGGUCGCUAUCGAGGUCGUGGUAGGAUUCGAGGGGCUGCUAGCGGAGCUUCACGAGGAAGAAGACCCAAAGCGUACAUCAAUGGUAGUGAUCAGGCUAAGGAUAAUAACCAGAACAUUCAGAAUAAUCCUUCAGAAGCUAUCAGAGGUUGGGGGCCAAGGAGGUACAGACCAUCUUUUAAGGACAACAUUGAUACACCUCCUCCACUAAACAACCAAUCUGGUCAGUAUGUUGGCAAACCUUCACUUAAUAGCACAAAUAAAGCAUCUGCUCCUGUAUCAGAUUUAGAAAAAGAUGCAGUUACAGCUGCCAAGCAAAGGUCUAUGUCAAGUUUGAAUUAUGCUUCUCCUCCAUUUUAUCCCACUAGCUCUUCCAGUAAAGAGACUACAAUAACAGACAAGAGGGAAAUGCAAACUGAGACAAGUAGCUGCAGUGUUCAGUCUUCUCUUUCGGGCGAAAGUACUGCUUCUGCACAAUCAACUGCAAUAUUCCGGAAGGAUCCAAAUGAUUCCCUUGGCAUAAACAAGCUUAAUAUUCAUGAUUCUAUUCCUGCAGUUGCUGGGAUGCCUUCAUCCAGUUUGCAGUUGCCACUGGGGUUGUCAUCAUCAAUAAAGUCUACUCAUUCCCAGGCAUUGAGAGGCCAAGGAAGAGGAUUUAAUGCAUCAUCACAUAGGAAUUAUCAAUCUCCUGUACCCAAUAACCAAGUCAACAGUGUUUCUCUGCCAAACCAGCUCCACCCUGCCCGGCGAUAUUCUGCUCAAAGUCGAGGGCAACCUUUUCUGCAAGUAACUGGUCAGCAGUUAGUACAGCAACCGGGUAAUGGAUCUCAAGUUUCAUCUCCCCACAAAACAGCACAACCUACGAAUACCUGUGAACCUGGAGAGCUUGAAUCUUCAUCAGAGUCCACUAAAUUAACGAGUUCUAUGGCUGCAAAAGGGAAAGGCAGUCUUCAGGGUCCUGGAAGGGGAUAUGGGGCUCAAAUUGUGGGUGCACCUGGAAACAUGGGUAGUGGUCACAGUAAUCAGAACUUUUCUGGGGCUCCAUCCUUUCUGCCAGUCAUGCAAUUUGGAGGGCAGCACCCCGGUGGCGUUGGAGUUCCUGCUGUUGGCAUGGCUUUCCCUGGAUAUGUUGGUCAACCAGAUGGGCUAGGCAAUUCCAAAAUGACAUGGUUGCCAGUUUUAGCUGGUGCUGCUGGAGCACUAGGCACACCAUACUGUUCACCAUAUAUUGCUGCAGAUGGUGCUUAUCAUCCUCGCCCUAGUGGGAAGAUAUCAUCUCUCGGUGCUGCUCCAAUCAAAGAGAAUAAUACAAGCAAGCCAGAUAGUGAACUGAAGCCCCAACAGACGCCUGAGCUCACAACUGAUGACUUCAGACUGCGACAGAAGAAUCCUCGCAGAUAUACGGAAAUGAAGUUUGACCAAUGAGAUAGUUACAUUGGUUGAAGCAGUUUGAAUAAGCAGAUUAAGGUCAAAAUUUACAGUUGGAUAUUCCAUCUCUAGUUGGAUGUUGCAAAUCUCUUAAAGAAGCUUGUGGUGAUGCUGCUCUUCUCCCUGGCCCUUCGUUUUCUCCAAAUGUUGAUCUAGAGCAUGUGGACCUCUCAUGUAUUAGGUCUGCCUGCUUUAGGUUUGCAUGACAAUUGCCUGCUCAUGCUGCUCCACUUUAGAAGAUACUCUGCAGCUUGACGGGUGGUAGUUAUCUGUUUAAAUAUGUGGAAGUCAGAAUUGUCACUCAGCAUCGGCAUAUGAUCAUGAAGAUAAUGUCGUGAAGGGUCCAGAAGUUGCACAGCUGCUAUAGUAUAUGCGUUUCUCUUCUAAAUGUACGUCAUCUGAUCUUUCCGAGUUUUCUGUUAGCAGCUUUAAUUAAUGUUAUUACUGCUAGUCAUUUGGUGAAUACUUUCAGGGUUUGGAUUUUGUUAUAUUGGUCAGAAGAGCAUAGCUUGCUCAGACGUUGAAUGAUAAAUUUUCUCUUAAGACUUUUUUUUGUUUCCUAAUUGAUGCAAUGGUGGAGUUAAUAAUGGUUCUUGCUAAUAGAAUUACUGUCUAUUCGGAGCGUUUGGGGCAACAACAUUGGAAAUUUUCGGUGUGCAGCGUGUAUCCUUCUUGAAAACUUUGAACUAUAUUUAAAUAACUCAUCGUGUUAGUUGUAAUUCCUAGUACUAGUUUCAUCCCAAAAUAUGUUACGUUGCUCCC